AUGGGUUCCGUAAUGCAGGAAGAAAAGCCUAAGAUGACCCGGGUCUUAGCCCUCCACGGCUACGGCACCAGCGGUGAAAUCUUUCGAUCACAGACAGCCGCAUUCCGCUUCAAACUCCCCAAAGAAACGUAUACCUUCACCUUCCCCAACGCACCCCUGCCUUCGGCCCCGACCGUCGGCGUCGACAGCAUUUGGAACCAGGUCCCCAAAUUCUACGGCUGGUGGCCGGUCUCAUCCUCCAACAUCUCUGAGAUCCGGACCUCGCACGACCAUCUGGAAGAACUUCUUUCUUCCGAAGAAGGUCCCUUCGACCUCGUCAUGGGUUUCUCCCAGGGCUGCACCUUGCUCAUGUCCUACAUCCUCUACCGGUACCAGGAACACAUGCUGACCCGACCAUCAGCUGGUGAGAAAUUCGAGUUGCCGUUCAAGGGCGCCAUGUUCAUCUGCGGCGGCCCUAGCCUCCAUGUCCUGCAAGACCUGGGAGUGGAUGUGACGGAAAAGGCGUGGAAGGUGCAUAAUGCCACUGCUGCCUUGCUUCACAAGCGUACGGAGCAAUUGAAGUUCAAGGCGGAUAAUCCUGAUACGAUCAAACGCGGGGAGGGGCUGUGGGAUGAGGUCGGGGACUUGAUGCAUGAUCCGACUUCUAAGAAGGAGUUAGAUCCGGAAGAUGUGUUUGGGUUGGAUUUUACCGACGAAAGAAUGCGGAUGGCGGUGGGGGAUCUGGGAGAGAUCGUGCCGACUGUGCAUGUGUAUGGCGGGAAGGAUCCUAGGUGGCCGGCCAGUGUCCAGCUGGCGCAGAUGUUUGAGGGCGGGAUGAACGAGAGGUUUGAUCAUGGGGGCGGACAUGAGUUGCCGAGGACGACGGAGUGUUCGAUGAGGAUGGCGGAAUUGAUGGAGAAGUUGAGGAGGAAGGUUGAUGGUUUGGAGAGGGAGGAGCAGUAG